UCACGGCUCUCGCGUGUGAUUGGCUGGCGUGGUCACGGCUCGCGUGUGAUUGGCUGGCGUGGUCACGGCUCUCGCACGUGAUUGGCUGGCGUGGCCCCGACACUGCUUCUCACUGCAGCGACUCUCGAUUCCGACUUACCGCCACCCAAUUUUCCUAUCGAUUUCGACUCCUGGUCUCGACUACGAUUUCGACUCCAGACAAAUUUGCGAUUCCGAAUCGGUGGCGCAACGAGCAGCGGGCAGAGAGAGCGGGGGCGACGGACGAGACCGGCCACAACAUCAGCGGGUACAGCCACAACCACAACAUCAGCCACAGCGCUCACAGCCACAACCUCAGCGGGUACAACAACAACCACAGCCACAGAGCUCACAGCCACAACCUCAGCGGGUUGCGGCCUGGGUCCUCGGGCUUUCCACUGGCACGGACCGGCUCACCGCGACGGCUGCUCGCUCCAGCCAGACCGCUCUGCUGAAGUGACCCAGCAUUCGUCACCUCGUCAACACCUGCUCCACGGCAGGGCCGGCCGCCAUGGAGAGCUACGCCAAGUUCUGUUGCCUCGUCAUCUUCAUCAGCUUCAGCGUCUUCCAGGCGCUCUUCAACUGGGUCAGCCCCCCGCUGUCUCGCCUCUUCUGCCCGGCUUUCGCCUCCCUCACUCCGGCCAAACAGAUCGAGUGGCAUUCCAGGACGGUGUCGACGUUGCACGCCUUGAUCGUGGGCUUCUUCUGCCUCUACAUACUGUGGUUCGAUGAUGCCGUCAAUAAGGACCCAGUGUGGGGAGAUCCUAAAAUCGUGCAGCUCAACAUUGCCAUCACGACGGGAUACCUGUUCUCAGAUUUCCUGCUGAUCGUAUGCAACUGGAACGCCAUUGGGGACAAGUUCUUCAUCAUGCACCACCUGUCUGCCCUCUACGCCUAUUACUACGUCAUGGAUCGGGGCGUGCUGCCGUACUUUGCCAAUUUCCGGCAACUCGCCGAGCUGUCCACGCCGUUUGUAAACCAGCGAGAAUCACGUGGACAGUUGCGACGUCCCCCAGCCGGCCCUGGCCCGGUUGCAAGUUUCAAGUUCUUAAAACGAUCUCGGCGAGAGCAGCGCAACUGCUGGGAGGCCACGAUGAGGUGGUUUUACGAGGCGCUGGGGUACCCCAAGGCGGGCGGCCCGUACGUGGUGAACGGCGUGCUCAUGGCCGUGGCCUUCUUUGCGGUGCGCGUCGCGGUGAUGCCGCCGUACUACGGCCGCAUGCUGGCCACCGUGGGCACGGAGGCGUUCGCGCGCCUCGGCACGGGCCCCCAGGUGUCGUGGGUGCUGUCCAGCGUGUGCCUCGACGUCAUGAACGUCAUGUGGAUGUACAAGAUCGCGCGCGGCUGCUACAAGGUGCUGUUCGUGCGGAGCCAAGGGCGGCCAGUCACCAACGGGAAGUCGCAGUGAGGCUCCCAGUAAAACGCGAGCCGCCACCGCCCUGGCGCGAGCGCCGGCGGCACGCGGGAGGCGGCACACGUGGGCAACGACGACGGCGGCGGUGGCCACGAGACGACGCGAUCCCUCCCUCCCUCCCUGACGCGCUCACGCCGCCAGUCGGCGAUCGGGGCCAGAUAGAGCUGGCCUCCAUUUCGAAGCUUCUUCCCCGCCCCCUCCCCGCCCCCCUGGGUUUAUGUCGCCAACAACGGGCGCGCAUCCUGCAGUACACAUCCUGCAGUACACAUCCUGCAGUACACAUUCUGCAGUACACAUUCUGCAGUACACAUCCUGCAGUACAUCCUACAGUACACAUUCUGUAGUACACAUCCUGCAGUACACAUCCUGUAGUACACAUCCUACAGUACACAUCCUGUAGUACACAUCCUAUGGUACAUCUUGCAGUACAUCCUACAGCAGCACACCCUGCAGCACACAUCCUACAGUACACAUCCUACAGUACACAUCCUGCAGCACACAUCCUACAGUACACAUCCUACAGUACACAUCCUGCAGCACACCCUGCAGUAAACACCCUGCAGUACACAUCCUACAGUACACAUCCUACAGUACACAUUCUACAGUACACACCCUACAGUACACAUCCUUUCGCACAGCGGCCGAGUGCGGUGGCAGCGAUCGCGACGAGCGGCGACCCGUCGCCCGAUGGCCGCAGGGGGGAGGGGGGAGGGGCCUCGGCUUGACUUGUUGGGUGGCCGCUGUCGCCGUUGAAUCUCGUGCAGCUGCCCAGCAGAUGCGUGCCGCGGGGUCUGCGCGUGUCAUAGAUUUUAUUUGUUGACGAGGAUUAGGAACGUUCAGCUGUGAGCUGUUUUACAAGAGUGACCCCGCGGAGGGCCUUGGUGAACGAGAGAGAACGUGAAAGCAUCGAAAUCGUGACGUCGCAGACAUUGAGAAGCAGCACACACCUUCGAGGGAAACAACAUUGCAGGAGGGUAGACACUGCAUUGUUGAUCACACGAAGGCUUAGAAGAGCCGCCAAGUCCCUGCGCUCACUAAAAUGGAGCCUUAAAUGUCCAUUUUCAAUUGGUUGUCACUUUCUCAGAUUUUUUGUAGAAUUUUUUCAUUGUCCAAAUUUGUGAAAUUGCCCGCAAAUGACUCAAUUGGGAUCACAGAGCCGCAACAUCGCCCCCUGCUGUGAAACUGCGACAGACGGUGGCGGCAUUGCUUUGUAAGAAUGAUGGCACGAAAACCAAAAUUAACUAAAUUGUAACCAUUAUUGUGAUGAAUUAUUAAAAUUUGAAAAGAGGGGGGGGGGGGGAAUGGCGUUUGAGGAAAGCGCAGGUUAGGGGGCAGCUUCACUGUGGCCAAGGCCUCCGAUGGAAGCUGCCCGGAGUCGCGAGCCGCCUUUGUGCCACUCCACAGCCUCCCGCGCGUGGCGCUGCGGGUCUUUAGCGCGGGGCUUCCUGCAUGGCGCCGACUGUCACGCUAGCGUGGAGCAGCAGCAGCAGCUGCUUUACCAGAUGCCUCCACAAUGCAAUAAAAUGCAAUAAUGUUAACGUUAUGGCCUGGAUACCAUAUACUGUACAGUAUAUACGUGUGUGUAUGUGUGUUAUUGUGUGCAUGUUUGUAUAUGAUAAACGUUUGUGUAAGCAUUCGAUACACGGCACAUGAAGACGAUAUAUACGCUGCCUGUAUAUAUAGUAGAGGACACAUGCAACAAACUGGGGGCUGUGAUAGUUUUUGAUGUCAAAUGCAUUUCUUCUUUUUUAAGAUGAGACUUGAUCCCACCGCAUGUCAAGCGGUAUGAUACAUGGAUGUGAAUAAAAGGACGGUUUCACGACGAGUCGCCGAGCCUGCGGUGACGCGCACGCCGCAACCUCCCCCACGAACUCGGCCCGCCGUUGCCGCCGCCGCUGCCGCGUGGGGGAUCUGCCACGUGGGGGAUCUGCCACGUGGGGGAUCUGCCUCGUGGGGGAUCUGCCUCGUGGGGGAUCUGCCUCGUGGGGGAUCUGCCUCGGGGAGGGCGUCUCGAGCUUCGGUCCCGUGCCACUCUCCGUCGCGGGGUAGCGGCCGAUCGACGGAGACGUGCCGGCCUCGGGCUCGGUUAUCCCGGCUUGCGACGCCUCGCCGCUCCCCUCGGGGUGAGACGACGCCCUGCCGUGCGCCCCCGGCCCGGACGGGGGCGGCCGCCGUAUCUGCCCCUGAGGAGGGCCGCUUUGUGGAAAGCGAAGCGUGCGUAGGGCCGGUGAGGAUGGCUGCGGUUUGAGAAGGCCUCUCGCGGAGGCCACGGUUUGUGUCGCUGUCGGCCGGACUCGUGUCGUGGAGGUGAAUGUCGUCGCUCGACCCCGCAGUAAGUGCUACGAUGCACUGUGGAUGUUGGGGUUUCGGUCGCCACAGUAACGAUCCGGCCACAUCUGUCGCAAGGCCCUCCACCGCCCGACAGCUAGUCGAGUAACACCGUCGUGUACGGGCAUCUCGAGUAGGUGCUAUAAUGACGGCUACGAAGUUUAAUGGAGACUAAUGUUUAUCUCUUAACUGAAUCAUAAUUGUGAAUAGAGACUUCAGUAUGAGACCGAUACAUCUGGGAUAGGCAGAUGAAUUCGUUGAAUAUUUGCUGUCGGUUUAUAAGACGCUAAAUGCCAUCGGACAUGCUGAGAUCUCGCCUCACGUGGGGCACCAGGCGAGGUCCCAGUGGAGCGAGGCUCGUGCAGCAGCGGCGGCAGCAGCAGCAGCGAGGACUUUGGGCAAAUUCCAUGCGGACAUUGAGAGUGGGCAACUUGGCGCAGGGACAAAAAUAACAUUAAAGAAAACAUCCACAUGCUUAAAGAUCACAAGUUAAAACCCGCAGCAUUGAAACAGUAAUAGUAAACAAACUAAAUACUUUAAAAAAUUGUAAUUCACUGGUGAACUAGAAUUCAGAAUGUACACAGACAGACAACUCGCAAUGCACACACAGUAAUCACCUAAAAACAGGCUCGUGGUUUCCAAAUACUUAAAAACAAAGUGUCUGGAGCAUCUUCACGGAGUUUUCUCAAACUUUUGGGAGUUUGGGAAUGUGGUUGGGAACGUUGCAAGGGUUUGAUUUUCAGAACGACCAGUCUCUGACGACCGAGUAGGAUUGCUGUUUAACCCUUUUAAACAAUUUUAACGAAUAGAAAUUUAAAUCGAAGCGAUAGAAAGUUUUUUUAGUUUUUAAAUCUCAAGUGAAGUAUACAAUUGUUAUUCACCUAACAUGGCUUGGACGUAACCGUGACGAUGCGGUGGUCUCUUCAGUUUGAGCUGCGUGGACUUCGGAAACAAACCCGAGAUGGCAAUGCUCGCUCAGUCUCGCGUGGUGGCUGCGUCGCGUGUUUGCACCGUGGUGCCCGAUCGCGGGGGGUUAGCGCCGCCUCCCAGCAGUCGUGCUCCCGAGGAAAGUCGAGUGGCUUCCGGCUCACAGCCCGAAGUCAGUGCUGGAAAUUCCACAUUCCUAUGGUGGGGUGGUGAAUGUCCGUAGCACAACCAGCCACUGUUGACUUCCACAAAAUGUGGUAAUCAUGUUAUCCUCCCUGGAGGAUUUCAGCGACAGGAUUGAUCUCGAUACGAGCCCCACCCACUGGCACCACACGGCGGAGGAGGUUUUGCUGUUGUGCUGUAUCAUGGCUCUCCCGCCUGCGUUCGGCACUCGGGAGGGCUCUGCAGCGCCACCUGGCGAGAGAGAGGGAGGUGGCAUUAACCGUAAAUCCAGAGACCGGGAUCAAAUCUUAACAUUCCGAUUGCCUUCUCUGUACAGCAACAGUGUAUAUAUUGGCCUCUCAAAUCCAGUGGUGUCCAUUCGUCUGUGCAGAUGGGUAUGCAAUGUAUUUGUUAACAACGCGCGACCCCCGAUCCCGUCACCUCGACUCCGCAGUGGCCGUGGGCAGGCGGCCCUCGGCACUGCCCUCGGGCGAUCCGUGCUGAGAUUUCAAAACGGAGCUUCACUGCUUUGAGCUGAGGCCGUCAGUGCGUGCACCACUGCGGAUGGCUAUCGACCUUUAACAAACAAUGUCAUCACGAUGCUAAUUUGUAAAUAAAUAAGUGUGCCACUUAAGUCGUAAAUACAACUAUUAACCUAGUUACUAAUAUAUUCAGUGGACAAGAGGUGUUUGGUUCUAAUGGGGUUUCUGCUGGUUAGGAAGAAGGCUGUGACGCUAAUGCAGCGGCAAACAAAUCGUGGCCCGCGUAGCGUGCGCCUUGGUGUGCUUGAGGCGUGCAGACCCCACGCGGUACGAUCCAGCCGCCGUCCCGGGGUCCCCCCCCCCCCCGCCCGCUCGGUGGCCAGAGCCUUCGCAUGCACCAUUGCCGUCCCACCCUGGAAGAGGUCAAGUUGGUCCAGACCAGUUUGACCUCUCGUCUUCAUUGACAUCUCAAUCAAAGCGCACGCUCGCUCUCCGAUGCGCUUCGGCGCGUACCGCGUGAUGUUCGGCACUGUGUCCGACGUUUCGCGCCGGCAAUUCCAUUUGCUCCACGUGCUGGGAGCUUCUUCAGAUUCUGUUUCCGAAGAAGCGCACGGAGCGAAACGUCGGACAUACUGCCGAACAACACGUGGGGUGCAAACUGAAGGCACCCUGGACAGCUGUACCGCGCAACUGUGAAAACCUCCCCCCCCCCCCCACAAGUAGUAUAAGUUCCUUGUUUUCUGGAUAGGUCAUGGUGGUUGUUGGUAACCGUGUGCGUGCAGAUGUAGGUCACGAGAAAGUGCUUAAUGUUACUCCAUGAGCAGAAGCCGUGGCAUUGCUUUGAGCUCGUGUGGUUGUAGUUGGGCUGAUGACGGCACAAGGAGUGGGACCGACUCCUCAUUACCGGCACACCGUCCAGACACGUGGAUGUGCUUCGACCAUAAACACGCAAAGUACUACGCGGCAUAGGGCAUCAAAUCUCUGAUGGAGGAUGUUUGAAAAAAAGUGUAAACAAUUAUUUUGCUUUCAUUUUUAUUCUCGCAUCAGCCCAAGCUAGCAUUGUUUCGUCUGUAUGUUGAACCUCUUUCGCACCGUACGUCGCCAGUCGUGCUAAUCGGGAUCGCGUUUCGGAGCAUUGCUGCUGCGUGUGUCAAUACCACGCUUGCGGUCUUCGCCGGUGUCGCCCCCCCCGUGUCGAGCAGUGUGCACGCCUCGUGAAGAAUACCCCCGGACCUUAAGUUACAUUCAUCAUCGCGCUUAAUUUACCAUUUCAUAGUUUUGUGAAUGUUGCUAUUUGACGAUGAAGAGAAUGUGUGCACACGUCAGCAAUUUGCGCAGCCCCGGCGCGCGCGUACGAGCUGCGCUUACACAUGGAGGACAUUCCGCAUGCGUGUGGCAUGCGUGUGGCAUGCGUGUGCACCUGGUAGGCGUGCGGUCCAGGAGAGGCAGAACCUCGGCUCGCGAGCCGCAUGCGGCCCCUGGGCAGUUUCGCGCGGGCGGUUCGAGAGGGGACUACUCAACUCGUGACCUUCCAACAACACUCCACGUGAAAGAGGGGGGGAAACAUGUGCGGAAGCCGCAGUUGUGCGGGUCACCCCUCCCCUGGUGGUGUAGCCAGACACGAGUGCUCCCCGGGCGCUCCCGCAGAUUUCCUAAUUCAAAACUCCGCAGCCGAGCAGCCCCCGCCACGUGUCGUGCGGCCCCCAGCCACACGACUCUGCUGCUGGGUGGCUCACGGGGGAGGGGGGGGGUCAGGCGUUUGUAUUGAGACCUAUAUGAGAUCUAUACGCACUUACAUAUGCAUGUUCCAUAUCGUUAAACUGUUUGUGGGCCGUUCUUUGUGCUGUGUUUAAGAUAAAAGUUGCGCCGUUCUGCAUACGCCUCGGAUGCAUUUAACCAAGAAAUGUAGCAUGCAUGUAUAUACUUUUGGUCUUUUACAUUUCAUCAAUUUCCCAAAGUACACUUUUCUAUGUAUUUCCUAUUGAAUUGACACUUUACGUAAUUGUCAAAUGAUAAUUUCACGAAAAAUAUGCAACCGAUGUAAAAACGUUGAACCAUAGGACCUGCUUAUUUAAAGGAUGUAACCGAAUUAAGUGGCGAUGUUGUUCAAGAGAUGGCAUUUUAACACCGCUUCUCGCUACAUUAGACAUGGAGUUCAUCGCAGUGUGUGAGAUUUGUUGUGCAACCAUAACCCACGGGUGCUGCUGUAAGCCAGCGAGACCAAUGUUGCAUUGCGUGUCACGCAUCGCCAGUGAAAGAAUACCUCAAACUGAACGCUGCCCACCAUCGAGGCCCUCUGCCCAGGAGUCGCGUCUCACGCGGUGUGCCGCUCGCCGCGUUCCCUGUCCACCUCCCCCACGGCGGGGGCCUCCAUCCUCUCCUGUCUCUGCCACCUCUUCAUUCCCAAUUCUUGGCCUUUCUCGCCCCGUCCCUUCUCCGGUAACGGCCUUUGUCAUCAACCAGUCCCCUCAAGUUCGUCUCCGUCGGAUGACAGCCGCCUCCACGCUCCUCCUUUCGUCGAUACCGUUCGAGAUGUCCCCAUUGGCCGUCUCGAUGCAGCUCGCGGAUCUGCAGCCUUCUCCUCCGUACCCACGCCUCCGUUUCACUCCGUCUCACUCCGUCCAAUCUCCUCCGUGUCCUCGGACAAAGUUACACUCCACCACAUUGCCGCCUUCUGCCGCCACUGCACGUGGACACGGGGACUGGGCUCUGAGAGCUGGUGGCAUCGUUACACUUUGUAGAAGUUUGAUAAAAGGCGCACGCGAAGUUGAGGCCACUAAGAAUGCAGGCCUCGUGAAGGACUCUGCGGAGCUGUUGACGAGCGCGUUCAUCGUUGUUGCUUAUAUUUGCUCAGUGCUCUCUGGCUUCGUUUAUAAAUAAACCUGCCCGCUGCUGUGACACGGUGCGCUCUCUCAU